UCGAAUGUCGAUACAGUCGAUAACUUAAAUUUUUGAAUUAAUUUCAAGUUGAAUUAUAAAUUGUUAUUAAUUAUGACAUCGUUUUACGAUAAUUAUGAUUAUUAUAAAAAAAUGUUGGAACUACAAGAAAAGUUGCGAAAAAGUGAAGAAGAAAGAAUAAGAUUAGAAGAAAGAUUCAAAAUACUUGUACAGGAAUCUCGUAAUAGGCAUGAUGCGUGUAUAAAUCGAUUACGUUUAAGAUAUAUAGAAUUUUUAGAAGAACAGCGCACAAGAGAUGAAAAGAAUCAUAAACUUUUUGAAGCAUUGGAUAGAGUAGAUAAUAGUCUUACAUUGAUGACUACAAAAACGGAUAGACUUAACAUUCUUAGAAAACAAUAUGAAUCUUAUCUUCAUCGUAUUCAUACGAUUCCUCUUUCAUCGACAAGUAAUAUUAAUGACGACAAUAUAACAAAUCAAGCUAAAAAUAAAUAUUUAAAAAAGGAUAUCACUACGAAACAAAUUUCUCCUGAAAUAGAAAAUGUAUUAUCACCUAAAUUGUUGCGAUUGAAUUCUCAAAAGAAUCGAUCGAUUUCUCCAUCAUCUGCAUCAGAAGGUUUAAUAAAAUCGGUUCAAAACACGUCUUGUGAUUAUUAUCAACGAAAUAUUACACAAUCAAAUUUAAAUCAACAAAGAAACGAUCAAAAUAUUUUUCAGUCGUAUCCGAUAAUUUUACAAAACAAUGAAUUGAUUCAACAAUUACCAACCCAAAAUUUAUUGCCACAAAAGCAAUCUUAUAUACAAAUUGAUUCAAAUUUACACGUUCCAUAUGUAUCAUCAAAUCGAUCGAGUUCAUUAAAUCAACAAACUCUUUCGCAUUAUAAUUUUAAUAAACCUUUAUCAAAACAAAUGGAAAUAGCCCAUACUAUUACGCAUUUUGUAAAUCCGGAACAUACUAUCAAUGAUAUAUCACAAUGUAAAUCCUUGGAUAUAAGUAAAAAUCAAUAUAUUCCAAUAAAUUUACAAUACAUUCAUUCAUCAUCAGUUGUACAAUCUUCUCAACAAGAAAAUAAUAAAAUAUUGUUAAAUAAUAUACAAAUGCAAACAAAAGAUAUUGAUGAACUAUCUCCAGUUCACAAAACUAUAUCAACAUCUGUAAAACAAAAUGAUACAUCUUCAUUAAACAAAUCUCUGACGUUAUCGAGACAAGUUUCUCCAAAUUACUUUGAUUAUUCGUGGAAAAAAUCUAAUUAUUUUAAACCAAAGCAUAAAUUUGUUAGUGAUAUUCCUGUGCAUUCAUUAAAGACUUUCGACGUUGAUAAUACGAUAAAACGUGACAAACAUUUUACCCCAAAAAUCUCAAUUAAUACAAGAUUGUCAACAAAUGCGAAACAAUCCGCUAUAGAAAACAAACGUAGAACAACGAUGAUCGUAGAAAAUGAAUUAGACAGUUACAUUGAUAAAAUUCGAAAACUUCAUUAUGAUCUUGAUACGCAAAGUUUGGAAGAACUUGAUCAAGAACAAAAUAUAACUGAUAACAUACUUAAUAUUUCUUCAUUAAAUGAUAAUUUAGGGGAUUUUGUUGAACAUCAAUCGAAAGAAAAAAUAUCUAAAGAAGUUGAAAAGGUUUUGUCAUUAGCGGAUGAUCUCGCAUCUAGAACAGUGGAUUUAAAUGUUAGUAGUUCUGAAAAAGAACGUAUAAAUAAAAAUAGAAAUGUUGAAUUGGUUGAAACCAUGCAAAACCAUAUUCCGAUUUUCGAAAGAAACUACGUCGCGUUUGCGAAAGACGAAAUUAGCAGCGAUAUUAAGUUACAUAAACCAAAAUUAGAUCUACAUCAAAAUAUUGAAAAUUGUAGGAAAGAGAAUAUCAAUAGUGUAGAUAACACUCCAAGACAAUCUCAACAGCAAUUAAUUAAAAUGAAAAGCGAUGAGCACAAUGAUUCCGAUAUUUCAUUAGACGAUAAAAUUAUGGAGAAAGAUAAUAAGAAUGUUACUUUAAAAAAUAUACAAAAAGAAAAUUAUAAUGAGAAAGAUAAUAUUUAUAUCGCAAUAGAAUCAAAUCUUAAUCAAGAUUCAUUUGAUACUGUCGAAGAUUUAGAACCAUGGAAUGUGGAUCUUUUACAGAAAUGGGUAAAGGAAAUAGAUUUAACUCAAGAAGCUGAAAAUCAUUUAGAUAAGGAAGGAUUUGUUAUUGAUAAUUUUAAAUUAAAGGAUAAUGUAGAGCAAAUUAGAUCUUUAAAUUUAGAGAAAAAUACUGUAGAAAAUCGAAAAGAUGAAAAAAAUUGUAGAGAAGAUGUGAAUGAAAAAUAUAUAGAUACAGAUAGCACGAAAAAUGAAUUAAAAGAAGAAAGUCUUGAACCAAAAGAAGGAUUCGUAAACGAAAAUGAAGUAGAAAUAAAUGAACAUAUUUCGCAACAUCAAGAAAUAGAAUAUAAAAAUAAAAAAUAUACAAACAAUGAAAAUAUUAUUCAAAAUAUAGAAUCAACGAAAAAUCAGAUUGAUGAUGAGAAUAAAGUUGACAAUGAGCAAAUACAAGAAUGUGAUGAAAUUAAUUUUGUAUCUGAUAACGUAUCUGAAAAUAACAGACAAGAGGUAAUAAUACAAAAUGAUGAAUAUGGCAAUCAAAAUUAUUUCGAAGAUUCUAAUCAAACACAAAAUUACAUGCAAAAUUAUGAAACAGAAUAUACUGAUUUAAAUAAAGAUUAUGUUAUGUAUGAAAAACAAAAUUAUGAUCAAAAUGCAUUAUAUGAAAAUAAUCAAAAUCAAAAUUAUGAUCAAAAUAUGUAUGAAACUAAUCAGAAACAAAAUUAUGAUUCAAACAUUUCAUAUGAAAUUAAUCAAGAUGAAAAUUACAAUGCAAAUGCAUUAUAUGAUACUAAUCAAAAUCAAAAUUAUGAUCCAAAUACAUCAUAUGAAACUAAUCAAGAACAUAAUUAUAAAGAAAACACAAUGUAUGAAAAUAAUGAAAAUCAAGAAUAUCAAGAAUAUAUUAAUCAAGAAUACAUGCAAGGAUCGAGCGAACAAUACGAAGAAUAUAUAGACGAACAAUAUGAUUCUGAAAAUCAGUAUGAACAUGAUCCUAACAUACAAUACCAGGAAGAUACGAAUCAACAAUAUGAAUAUGCUUAUGACCAACAAUAUGAUUCGAAUCAAAUAAGCGAUACCCAUGUAAAUCAAUCUUUUCCAUAUACUGAUUAUGAUCCUAAUCAGAUACAACAAGAAGAAAAUAAAGAAACUCAAGAAUGCAAAGAAUUACAAGAAUUAAAACAUAAAAAAAUAGAAGAAAAACUUGACACGAAAGUUGAGAAUAAAAAUGAAAAAUUAUCUUCUGAAAAUGAAGAGAAAAAAACGAAAGAUGUAAUUAAAUCUUUGUUAGAUUCUGAUACAGAUAGCACAAUCGAAAGAAAUAUAUCAAAUACAGAAAGUGAUUUCGAUUUUAAUUAAAAUGCAAAAAAAUCUGUUACAAAAACAUA